AUGGCACUCUCAAUGUCUGAUUCCGAGAAAGACCGCAAACCCACCGUCAGAGAAUUCCUCGACGAAGACAUUGCCGAAGAUAUCCUCCUCGAAAGCGAGCUUCUGCUUCUCUCAUUUGCAACUGGCAUUCAGGACGCCGCAGCCUGGCCGGAUUAUAUGUGUUUCGCCUCCAAUCAAACAGGAAAUACCCUAUUCCUUGCUAUCGGAGUAGCCGGCCUCGCUCACGAUGCCUUCAGCUUUGCGAAUAUCGGGGUGAGCCUGAGCCUCUUUAUUGCGGGAGGCUUUAUAAUGGGCCAACUGGGAAACUACAUCGGUGUGCGACGGCGCCUGUGGCUUUUAAUUAGCAACUUCAUCCAAACAGCGCUGGUAUUCUGCGCUUUGAUGAUCCAAUAUUCCUGGCCUAUUCAACGGGAUGGACCCGCCGCCUUGGGAGUUAUUGGAUGUCUUGCCUUUUCAUCCGGUGCACAGGUUGCCAUGGCCCGUUCGUUAAAGAUCACGGAAAUUACGACCGCAAUGGCGACGGCGGCCUUUAUCGAUGUAGUUAUUGAUCCGAGUUUGGCGAAGAUCAAGAAUCGGCUGCGGAAUCGCAGAGUCAUGUUUCUUGUCAUGUUGACGUUGGGUUGUUUUGUUGGUGCUUUUGCGCAGCGGGAGGUUAGCUCGUCGUUUCCUAUUUUGCUUUGUGCCAUUGCGAAAGCGAUGGUUAAUGUGGCUUUUUUGUUCAAUCGGCCCAUGACACCUGAUGCAGUAGAUUCGAAAGUUUAG